AGCAGCUACGCUGCGCCUCCAAGGGUUGCCACACAUGACCGAUAGUGAGACCCUCAGGAGCAUGUUAGGACGGGAUCCGUCCACUCCCGAGCUUGCCGCUCACAUCGCCGCACUUUCGCUCGAUGCGCCCGAUUCCGCCUCCCCGGACGUCAAAGUAUACUCUGACGCUGUAUACUUCAACUAUCACAAGCUCGGAAUAAGCUUCGUGUACAAGCCGAUAUCGGGAUAUGAGCCACGGACAGGGAGCUCUCGCGAUCAACUCAACGAGGGGAAAUUGCUCCUUGACAGUAUCGAUCUAUACAACGCGACGGAGCUUCUGGCCGGCAAGUCGAAAUCCACUGGAGUUCAGGCAUAUGCCACUUACCGCGGACUCCCUUUAACGCUCUCGUUAUUUGCGAAGACGACUGACGGGAAGGAACGCCCCACUAGUCUUGAGGUCAAGUCAACUACAACGGGCAAAGACUUUGUGGAGUGUCUCGGUGAGCCCGACCGCAAGGGCGGAGGUACUGGACCAUCGACUGGAUCCAUUGAUAUUUGGUGCGAAUGGUCGAAGGAUGGUUUGAUGGUAGAAUUCGGAGGCGAUAAGGCUAGGGGCCCUCAGGCCUGGGAGCGGGGGAAGGAGGCUUUAUGGAAAGUUGUAUCAAUAUUCCAUGCAGCAAAGGACUGAAGCCCGAAUGAUAUUCAGAUAAUCAUUAAAUAUCAGUAUCAUGAGCUCUAGAUCUUAUCCCAUCCUCGCUGCUUCAUCCGAAAUCACUUUGAAACAGCAGGCCCGGUUACAUGACGCCUGUAAGCCCUGAAGCAUAGCGAGAUUCUGUUAUACCAUCCCGUGAUUAUAUACUGUUCGU